AGUACACUCUGUUUGCAGCGGAGGAAUACAUAUCAGAUUGACGUGGCCGACUUGCUGGAACUUCCAGCUCGACAAUAACAAUAUUUCGAGGUUUAUUUGCCCUUUUCAUAUUGAUAGAGUUGUUUAUCUUCAAAUUUCAAAAUGGUACUGCUUGCUGCAGCAGUUUGCAACAAGUCAGGCAAAGCAAUAAUAUCUCGGCAAUUUGUUGAGAUGACAAGAUCUCGAAUUGAGGGACUGCUGGCAGCUUUUCCAAAGUUAAUGAGUUCUGGGAAACAACAUACAUUUGUAGAAACUGAGAGUGUACGAUAUGUCUACCAGCCAUUAGAGAAGCUCUAUAUGUUACUAAUCACAACUAAAGCUAGCAACAUUUUAGAGGAUUUAGAAACUCUCAGGCUUUUUGCAAGAGUCAUACCAGAGUAUUGUAAAAACUUUGAUGAGCAAGAUAUUGUGGAUCAAGCCUUUCCUCUGAUAUUUGCCUUUGAUGAAAUUGUUGCUCUGGGUUAUAGAGAAAGUGUCAAUCUUGCACAGAUCAGAACAUUUACAGAAAUGGAAUCACAUGAAGAAGCUGUUUUCAAAUCUGUGAGAGAGACACAAGAAAAAGAAGCUAAGAUUCAGAUGCAGAAGAAGGCCAAGGAACUGCAGGCGGCCCGCCGUGAGAAUCAGAAAUCUGGACGAAGUGGAGGAUUUGGUGGUGGCUUUGGAAGUGGUUCCUUUACACAGAGAGAUAACCCUAUUAUUGACAGUGUUCCCAUGGAUACACCCAAACCAUCAUACACAGCACCUGCUAG